AGAAGAAGGUUAGAAUCUGAGUGUUUGAUAUGGCCCUCCUCCUCCUCCGACUCACUCUGAUCUGAAUCCCCAUUUGAUUCUUCGAUCUCUCACAUCGAGAGUUAGAUCAGAUGGUUUCGUCUCCAUUCAUCUCAGCCAUGACCAUCUUCAUCGUCUCUCUGAUCUUACUCUUCCAAAUCACUCCCACUCUUUCCGGAGAUCCCGAUUACUUCGUCCUUCAGCCGCCUCAAGCCAGCGGCGAUCGUCACACUAUGAUUCUCCCUCUCUUUCUCGCUUCUCCAUCUUCUUCCCCCAAUUCCUCAAUCACCUCCGUCGGAAAAUACCGACGCCAACUGCAAGGUUCCACUUCUGAUCGCCCCAUCGCUCGUAUGCGAUUAUACGAUGAUCUCCUUCUCAACGGAUACUAUACUACGAGACUUUUCAUUGGGACUCCUCCGCAGAGAUUUGCGCUUAUCGUUGAUACGGGAAGUACAGUCACAUAUGUUCCUUGUUCUACCUGUGAACAGUGUGGUAGGCAUCAGGAUCCGAAAUUCCAGCCGGAUCUAUCCACCACUUAUGAGCCUGUGAAGUGUAAUGCUGAUUGUACCUGUGACAAUGAUAGGAACCAAUGCACAUAUGAUAGACAAUAUGCUGAGUUGAGCUCAAGUAGUGGUGUACUUGGCAAGGACAAAGUAUCUUUUGGUGACGAAAGUGAUCUAGUACCUCAGCGUGCUGUUUUUGGUUGUGAAAAUGUGGAAACUGGUGAUCUCUACAGUCAGCAUGCAGAUGGAAUCAUGGGAUUGGGCCGCGGAGAACUCAGUAUUGUUGAUCAACUUGUUGACGAAGGUGUAAUUAGUGACUCGUUUUCCUUGUGUUAUGGUGGGAUGGAUGUUGGUGGUGGUGCAAUGGUGCUUGGUGGAAUUUCUCCUCCUCCUGACAUGGUCUUUACAAAUUCUGAUCCUGUGCGCAGUCCUUAUUACAACAUUGAGCUGAAAGCCAUACAAGUUGCUGGGAAGCAGUUGUCUUUAAAGCCAAGUGUUUUUGAUGGGAAGCAUGGGACAGUUCUCGAUAGUGGAACAACAUAUGCUUAUCUGCCUGAAGCUGCAUUUAUAGCAUUUAAAGAUGCUAUAAUGAAGGAAUUAGGUUCACUCAAACAAAUUCGCGGUCCUGAUCCAAAUUAUAAUGAUAUAUGUUUCUCUGGUGGUGGAAGUGAUGUAUCACAAUUGCCCAAAGUCUUUCCAUCUGUUGACAUGGUAUUUGGAAACGGACAGAAACUUUCACUAAGUCCUGAAAACUACUUGUUCAGGCAUUCCAAGGUGCCGGGAGCAUACUGCUUGGGGGUUUUCCAGAAUGGGAAGGAUCCAACCACUCUAUUGGGAGGAAUUGUUGUCCGCAAUACUCUUGUGAUAUAUGACCGGGAACAUGAGAAGAUUGGUUUCUGGAGAACCAAUUGUUCUCAGCUGUGGAAAAACCUUCAUGUUGAUGGUGCUCCGCCCCCACUAUCGAAUUCUAACGGUACAAACCCGUCUAUCGGCAUUCCACCUUCUGUGGCUCCUGAAUCAUCAUCACACCAUGUUUUUCCAGGAGAAAUUCAAGUAGGACUCAUAACAUUCUUCAUGUCCUUGAGCAUAAAGUACGAUGAUUUGAAGCCUCUCGUUACAGAGCUUAAUCAAUUAAUUGCACAGGAGUUGGAGGUUAAUACCUCACAGAUCCACUUGUUAAAUUUUACUGCAGAAGGAAAUGGUUCCCUAACCAAAUGGGCCAUUUUUCCUUCAGGAUCUGCUGGGUACUUCCCAAAUGCCACGGCAGUGAGCAUUAUUUCCCGGAUAUCAGAGAAUCGUAUUAAUCUUCCUCAAACCUUUGGAAACUAUCAGUUGGUUGAAUGGAAUAUUGAGCCACCAAAAGAGCGGACAUGGUGGCAGCAACAUUACUUGGUUGUGGUUACACCAAUUGUUGUGACGAUAAUCUUUGGGUUAUCGGCUUCCUUGGGUUGGUUUCUAUGGAAACGAAGGCAGGAUGGUUCCAUCUCUUAUCGUCCUGUUAAUGAUGCGGUUUCUGAGCAAGAGUUACAACCUCUAUAAUAAUAACUCUUGACCAAAAAAAUCAUCUACUAGAAUUGUGAAAUACAUUGAUUGCAUUUUGGCUUUGAGAUAUGAUUUCUGCAAGCAAAACUAACAGAGAUGAUACAAUUGGAGAAAGCUGGUUAUAUAACAUUCAAUGAGACCACAUAGGAGGAAGGGAGGGGGUUUAAUAAGAUUGUUGGAGGCAGGAAAGACAGAAGAGGUACAGCAAGUAAAGCACACUUAUUCUGUAUACCAAAAACAACAUUGAAUUUUAAAAAUGGAACAAAAACAUUAAUUGUUAGUCAUAUGUUUUAGUUCAGGUCUUUUU